AUGAUAUCUAAACUACCCCGUGAAAUCAUACUAAUCAUCGCAAGUACCUUUUCCGCCAAAGAGAUACGUUCUUGUUCCAGAGUCUCCAAAGAAUGGCUACAAAUCUUUGAAUACUUUCGAUGGAUACAUAUCCAAGUAGCACUUUCUACAUUGAAAACCUUAAAAGAAGACGAAAUGACAUACUGGAAAGAUAAUGGGUAUCGGUCGAGGUAUCUAUGGCUUAUUUACAAAGAGGAUCAUGCUACCAAAGGCAAACCCAGACCCAGACCUAAAACCAAAGACAACGAUGACAAUGGCGAUUAUCACAUAGAAAACAUAAAAGACGCCCAAGACUACUUUCCAAAUAUCAAAAGUCUGCGCUUUGAUUAUGAUGAAAAACGUUUUCCAAUAUCGAUGCUUUUUGAGAAUGGCCAUGGAUGGAGCUCCCUGACCCACUUAAAGCUAGGCUCCUUUGGUGAAUCAGGUACAAUUCCAUGCGAUGAUCUUGAUGGAUUCUUUCAGUGCCUCCCAAACCUGACAGAUCUGAGACUAGAUAGUAUAGACAUCGGUUCUUGCGUUCAUUUUGACUUGAAUCAAGCCGUUACUCCAGCAAAGCUUAAGGUCCUCGAGAUAAAGAAUGGCUCAGUUCCGUACAGGCUGGCCCAUUACUGUUCAAGAAAGUUUCCAGAACUCCAUUCUGUUGUUUUUGACACGAUUGAUGAAUGUCGUAUAUCUGAUGUCUACAGCUUUUCAUUUAAUGGCCGUCGUGAUUUUUGGACAGGAAAAUACCUCCUUGAUUUGGAAGCUGCUGAUAUACGGAUUAAGGAUUCCGGUGGGAAUGCAUACCAUGUUAGGUGUGCCUUGUGGAAUCUAGAGAAACUUUUGAGUUGUCCACUCCAUAAGCUUUCCUUGACUCUCUCGGUUCAUAUAAAUCAAAAUAUUAUUAUGAAGAUGGGUUUAUUCUCACGUAUACCUGCUUUGACAAGAACUCUCCGGGCUCUAGAUCUGGAUAUAUCAACGCCGUUAGAUAAACCUUGCUUCAGCCUCAAUCUAUCCAAUGCGCCUUGUUUGGAAGAUCUAAACAUCCGAUACUUGGGUGGAACGAUCGACUUUCAAGACUUUUUAUCCAAAUCCCCUGUCUUAAAGAGAGCAAUCUUGGAAUUGCAAACACUCACGUUUAGAAACAAGCUUGAUGAACCACACGGUCUAGAGAGCAUCGAAUUAAUUGGACUAUCGAUAACUUCAGAAGUACUUGAAAAUAUCUCGGCUAGUUGUACUCAAAUCCAGACCAUAAAGAUAUCUCCUGCUGUAGACAACAUUUCCACAACCAACUGA